UUCUGCUCAGAAUACUGGUAGAACUUACCAGCUCGCAGGUCGUCAUCCCAGCCGGUCAUUCAGGAAAAGUGUCUUUUCCAUAGGGUAGGUAUUACGGAAACAGGGAGCGUGUGACUUACAACUAAUGACUAGGUAGAGUUGUUCUUCAAAAUGAUGGCUGAUCAUUUCUAUUUUCAUCAGUAAAUGGUCAAUGACAGUCAUUUUUUAUGUCCUCUAAGAAUAAAGUACUAUUUAUGAGUCCUUUACUGAUCUGAUCUUCCAGAGACCGUUCAUUCACAUAGGAUCAGAAAAUAUUUCAUUGUUCACAAGACCCACGGAAUCUGUAAUUUAUAAGUUAAAAAAUCUCUUGAAGGUUUCAAAGUGUUAGAAUUUGCAAAAUGUUCUAAGAUUUUUUUUAACAUAGUCCACAAUGCAAGUUGGUAAAAUACACAGGGAACUAACUGCUCAAUAGAGGAUAAGGCACUAACAAAUCCCUUUAUGUUAGAGUUCUUUAUUCUAGGGAGAGUAAUUUCUGUUGCUGGUCACUCGGGGUAACUGGCCUUCACAUAGACUACUGUGUGCAGCAACCUCUCAAUUAGUUUCGAAAGGGCACUGAAGAUGGAAAAUUCUGUUGCAUUUGUUUCCUUGAUAAUAAUUAGAUUCCAAUUCCGAAAAUCUCUCCGCAUAUUUUAGUAAAAUUUCCAGUCUCUUUUAUCUCACCUGUUCUGUGAUUCUCCUUUAUAUAUUUUCUACAAGUUUUGAAUUAAUUCUUACUUCUGUGAACAGCAUCGUUGGCAAAACCUGAGUCAGCUACUGAGUCCUACAAUUCUUUCGUUAAAACUUCAGCAGAAGAUACAACUACCAAAGAAGACACAUCAACAAUGAAAACAACAUCUACUGAAGAAGCUGCACCUUCAGUGGAAAUAACAACCAUAACCACAGCUACAACUACAAUGGAAAUGGCAACCAAAACAGAAGUUUCAACUGCGGUUGAAAUGCCAACUAUGAUAGCAGCGACAACUGCAGCGGAGACCACAACUGCAACAGAAACCGAUGUUUCAUCCUCAAUGGGGACAUCAGAGAAUCAAUCUUCAACUUUGAUGGGCUCGAGCACGUUUCCUGCUAACACGACUCUACUUGUCACCAGAUUAUACUGUGAAUCCUGUGGUAUUAGUGCAGCAACUGUCGAAUCCCGAAUAGUAGGUGGACAGGAAGCGAAAAUAGGAGAAUAUCCCUGGAUGGUUUUAGUGUUCAUAACACUCAAGUCGGGGGGUCAUGCAACCUGUGGGGGCUCCCUUCUCAAGAAGAAGUGGGUCCUGUCUGCGGCUCACUGCUUCCAUGGCAUAAACUAUGAGUCAGUUGCCUUGUUUUUGGGGGAUCAUAAUAUCUCUACCAAUGAUGAGCUUCCCACCACCGGAUUCAUUGCCGACAAAAUUUGGAUUCACCCUCAGUACGAUUCACACUCGCAAAACAACGACAUAGCUUUGCUAGAACUAUCGGGCGAAGCAACAUUCAGCGAAAGAAUCGGGACUGUUUGUCUACCCAUUGCCGAGGAUGUGGUCCCUGGGAAGUUGGCCAUAGUCACAGGAUGGGGAUACACUGAAUACGGAGGGUCAUUAAGUGACGUACUACGAGAAGUGGAAGUCAGCCUGAUAACUAAUUCCCAAUGCAAGAAGCUGUACAGUGGACUGACCACAAUAACAUCUAAUAUGCUGUGUGCCUACUCAUCGGGCAAGGAUGCUUGCCAGGGAGACAGCGGAGGCCCUUUGGUCACACAGCUGGAAGACCGUCGAUGGGUUUUGGCAGGAAUUGUCAGCUUUGGGUAUAGAUGUGCUUAUCCAAACACCCCGGGUGUUUAUACAAACGUGGUCAACUACGUGUCAUGGAUCACAGGAAUGAUUGCAUCGACAGACUGUUAAUAGUUGAUUUCAUCAGAAGGAAAACAAUAUUCAUCACCCUGGAACAAUAAUUAUUAUCACACUGUAACAAGACCACAGCUGUGGAAGCACAAGAGAUUCGUAAAGAAUUGGUUUUGUAUUUACUGUCAUACUGGAAGUUCAAUCGUCAACUGUCGACCGGCAUCAUUCCCUUUUGUUAAAAUAACCUGCUAUUCAAUAGAACGUUUUGAAAAGAUACUACGUGACAGUAAGGGUUUACAGUGAUUGGUAAGGCGAUGAGGGUAAAGCACCAGACGCCUAUAACAAAAAAGAGAAUUUUGUUGGCAGAUUUAUGCCUCACUUAUUUGUAUCAAAAGAUUUAUGUCUCGUCAUAUAUGCCCCCUCCCCCCAAAAAAAGAAAAAGUUUAUUUACACAUCGAAGAUUUCUCUUUCAAUUUUUUAAAUGAUCAACUGCGAGAGUAAUUUCAUGUUUGUUUUUAUUAUGCACUUUUAUCUAGCUUGCUUUUGUGCAUGUUUGUUUGUGUUGGUCAAAUCAAGUAACUCAAAUUUUCGUCUGAACUUGAAAUUUUGCCCGGUUACCCAAUCUUGGUGACAAUACAACCUUACGAUCAGUAGGUCAGCAGUGACCUCUAGUGACCCUACAGUGACCUCUCCCAGUAUCUCAGGAUUUGAAUGAAACUGUGGAUUUUUCAUAUUUUUGACUCUGUAAAU